UAUUAUUAGAUGACCUAGAAAUAUGUGGGAUGUUUUGACCGGGCCUGUUUUCAGAAAUCUGUAGUUUAGAUUUGUCAGCAGCAUUGUGCAGCAUGCCUUGUUUGUUAGAGCGUGUUCUGAUAACCGAUGUGAUCGAUCCUUGUUGUGCCAAAAUCCUGCAGAAUAAUGGCAUUGAAGUAGACACUAAAGUCGGUCUUAGCCCGGAUCAGCUCAAGGAAGAAGUUGUGUAUUAUGAUGGAAUAAUACUGCGAUCAGCAACGUACAUAUCAGCUGAGAUCAUACAAAAGGCUGCUGAAGUUAAAUUAAUAGCAUUUGCAGGAACCGGAACAGAUUCUGUUGACAACGAUGCAGCAUCAGAUCAUGGCAUUAUUGUAAUGAAUGCUCCAGGUGCCAAUACCAUUAGUACUGCUGAACAUACCUGUGCCAUGAUACUAACAGUAGUCAGGAAUCUUCCACAAGCCUAUGUAUCUAUGAAGGAAGGUAAAUGGGAAACUGAGAAGCUUACAGGUAUAUCUUUAGAUGGUAGAACCCUUGCUGUAAUUGGUCUAGGUGCUAUUGGUAGAGAAGUAGUAAAACGAAUGAAAUCAUUUCGAGUCAAGUUGAUAGGUUACGAUCCCAUGGUAACAGCCAAGCAAGCAAAAGAGAUUGGUGUUGAAUGGUUACCGCUACAUGAGAUAUGGCCCAGAGCGGAUAUUGUCACACUCCAUUUACCAGCUAUACCACAAACAUUUGGUAUGAUAAAUGAUGCCAUGUUUGCUAAAUGUAGACGUGGGAUGUAUUUAAUCAAUGCAGCUAGGGGGGCCAUUGUAAAAGAAGACUCCCUGCUAAAAGCUUUAAACAAUGGUACCUGUGCUGCUGCUGCAUUGGACGUCUUUCAGGAGGAACCUACUCGUAAUGAAGAACUGAUCUGCCACCCUAGAGUUGUUGUCACACCACACUUGGGAGCCAACACUAUCGAAGCUCAGAUUCGUGUUGCCGCUAACGUGGCUCAACAGUUUGUUGAUGCGUCCAGUUGUAUUAAAUUGGCGGGAACGAUCAAUGCUAGAUCCAUGCAGGGGAAUAUUCAUGCUUGGUAUGAACUAGGAAGACGUCUUGGAUACGUUGUCGCUAUGUUUAUUGGUCAUCUCUCAUGUGACACUAAAGUACAAGUAAUUACAUGUGGCAGUGGUACCAAAGGAGGUGCUCGAUACAUGAAAUAUGCAACUGAAAUAGGACUACUUGAAGCUUAUAGAAAACUGAAAUCAAAAGACUCUGAAAUAGAUAUCCAUACAGGAGGUGUAGAGGUCACCAUAGGUCAUGAAGACAUGUGCUCUAGCCUUCCUCUUGGUUUCAAUCAUGGAUGUAAAGUUGCUAUACAUUAUUCAAACACAACCAUGACAUUUUGUGGAUCUGUGCGUGGCAAUGACAUCAUGCUGUGUUCUAUUGACUCCUGUUUAUUUGAAUGUGGUGCUCUCUUAGCUGGUAAUAUGGUGUUUUAUAGAAGUAGUGAGGCCAAUGCAUUUCUCCCUGUCACAGAAUUAUCUUCUGAAUCUAGUUGUCAGAUUGAAGCCUUUGCAAGCACCACACCUGUGUACAAUCAGAAAUGGACAAUCCUCUACCUGAAUCAACCACAGAAACAUCUGGAACCAAUCAGGAAGCAUGUUGCUUUUCUAAUGCAAAUUUCUAUGUGA